AUGGCGGACGAAAAAUUUUUGUUGAAAACAUCAGAAGCCAGCUUCAGGCGUGUAGCAUUUGUUAGUAUCUCACUGUCUACAUUUGCGACUCUAGUAUGCGUUAUUUCUGUGCCACUAUUUUGCAACUAUUUGCAAACAAUGAAUGCGGUAUUGCAAAAUGAAGUAGACUUCUGCAAACUGAGAUCAGCAAACAUUUGGAAGGAGGUUACGCGAACACAAGUAAGUUACGCCAUACCUAUUACUUUAUCGGUAAAUUUUUUUUCAAAAUGGUUGUUAAAAUUAGGAUUUGUUAAACAUUUAGAUAUAAUAAUAAGAGCUAGAAAAUAUAGAAUUAUUGUUAUUCCGACUCUGCAUUACUCCUUUCGUCUAAGAGCUCAUGCUCAUCAACAUGAACUAAGAUCCAAACGGCAGACUGAUGGUUGCUGUGGUUGCGGGCAUGCUCCUCAAGGUCCGCCAGGUCCACCUGGACCAGAUGGUGUUGACGGACCUGAUGGGGAACAAGGACCGCCUGGAAGAGAUGGUCCAGAUGCACCGAAGCCUCGAACACCAUCCAAUCUUGAAUGGUGCUUCGAAUGCGAUCCGUCACCACAGGGACCUCCCGGUCGACAAGGUCCAAAGGGUCCACGCGGUAUUCCUGGUCCUCGAGGGCCUAAUGGUAUUCCGGGCGCUGCAGGUCCUCCAGGAGUACGUGGACCUCGCGGUCCAUCU